GCCACAUGCAGCGUUGUACGCAUAAUGUGCUCGUUCAUUCAUAAGUUUGUGUCGUUCAUGUAGUUCAGUACUUGCCGCUCGGAGCAAGGUUUGCUACAUAGGUGCUGCUUGAAAUUUCUCUUUAUUUACGAUAUAAAAUGGCUCGUGUGAUUUCAACUCUAACAUUGGGGUUAACAUUACUCAGGAAGUGGCUUACCUUUUAACUUCCAGCCUCCAUGCUCAAACGCGUAGGCCCAACAACGAGUCGAGUCGGAUAUGGAGAGAACAUCAUGGCGGACACUAAUUUGAAUGUUAGAAUAGAAGAACGCUUGAAAAUAAAAAUAGGUGAAGCCAAAAAGUUACUGUGUAGAAGUCAUGGUUCAACACUUUGUCGAGAUGUCUAUUGUACAUUAUCCCUUGAUCAGGAAGAAAUAUACAGGACUUGUACAAUAGAAAAAACCUUAGAUCCUUUUUUUGGAGAAGAAUUUCAAUUUGAAGUACCUCGAAAGUUUAGAUACCUGUCAGUCUAUCUACAUGAUAGAGAUAGACACCUCAAGCAAGACAAAAUUAUAGGAAAAGUAGCAAUAAAAAGGGAAGAACUGGCAUCUUAUAACAACAAAGAUCAUUGGUUUUCAAUCAAACCAGUCGAUGCUGACUCAGAGGUUCAAGGAAAAGCCAACAUCGAAAUAAAAUUUGAGUCAGUGCACAAUAAGAACAAGUCAUCAUGUAACCGACGUUUAAUGGUGAAAGUGAUUGAGUGUGUUGACCUGACAUUAAAAAAUGGUUCCUGUGAUCCCUAUGUGUUAGUGUCUGUGUUGUAUACCAAUGGUAAAAAGGUUUGCAAAAGAACUAAAGUUAAGAAAAAAACAGUGUCCCCUCAAUUUAAUGAACUGUUUGAGUUUGAUAGUUAUGUAGAACAAGAUAAGGACAGAAAUUCAGCAUAUACUGUGUGCCCAGAAAAUGAAGGUGAACUGUGUGAACUACAAAUAUCGGUGUGGCAUGAUAGUCCUGGAAUGAAUGUUGACAUUUUCCUUGGUGAGAUAAAAGUGCCACUACGAGGAUCACAACAACAGAAUGCUGCUCACCAAAAUGCUUGGUACUAUCUUCAACCUCGUUCAUCUAGAGAUAGGCCCGCAACAUCGUGUUCCACACCCCCUGGAACUCGACUGUCUGUGGACAACAGUCUUGGUAAUUUACGUUUAAAUGUACAGUACACAGCAGACCAUGUUUUUCCUGCCCAAGAAUAUGAUGCUUUACGUAGUUUAAUUCGAUCUUCAUUACAAGCUAAGUCCAUUGCAUCAAGUGCAGUCUAUGUGUUAGGAGAAAUCGUAUCCAACAAAACUGAAGUAGCUCAACCCUUAGUGAGAAUAUUUCUACAUCAUAAUGAAAUUGUUCCAAUCAUUAGAGCUUUAGCUGAUAAGGAAAUAUCUACAGUAACGGAUUCGACAACAAUAUUUAGAGGAAACACUUUGGUCUCAAAAAUGAUGGAUGAAGCGAUGAGGUUAAUAGGGCUCCAGUACCUGCACAAAACAUUAAGACCCACUUUAGACCUCGUAUUUAGUGAGAAAAAACCGUGUGAAAUAGAUAGUACUAGAGUUAAGGAUCCCAACGUAAUCCAAACUAAUUUAGCCAAUCUUAAAGAUUAUGUACAUAAAAUAUUCAAAGCAAUAACUCAAAGUGCCGUACACUGUCCCACGUUAAUGUGUCAGAUUUUUCAUAAUUUGAAGGAAUGUGCUGUAUCCAGGUUUCCAGAGAACAGGGAGGUGAGGUACUCUGUUGUGUCCGGGUUUAUAUUUUUGAGGUUUUUUGCACCUGCCAUUCUUGGUCCCAGGCUCUUUGAUUUGACAACAGAACAAAUUGACAGUCAAACGAAUCGAACUUUAACACUUAUCUCGAAGACUAUUCAGUCCCUUGGAAAUCUCGUUAGCUGUCGUUCUAAUCAGCAAAUCUACAAGGAAGAAUAUAUGGAGUCAAUAUACAAGGAAUUUUACACUGAACAACACAUGCAAGCCGUUAGGCAAUUUCUAGAAAUUAUUUCUGCAAGUUCUAAUCCUCAAACUGUGACAGAGGACAUGCCUGUUGUUUUAAAAGAAGGGAUAAUGAUUAAAAGAGCCCAAGGAAGAAAAAGAUUUGGACGAAAGAACUUCAAGCAGCGAUAUUUUAAAUUGACAACACAUGAUCUAAGCUAUGCCAAAACAAAAGGAAAAGAAGCUUUAUGUCAAAUUCCACUUUCAAAUAUAUUAGCAGUUGAAAGGCUUACUGAAAAAUCAUUCAAAAUGAAGAACAUGUUCCAAAUAAUUCAACCAGAAAGGGCAUUGUAUGUACAGGCUCCAAAUUGUGUUGAGGAGAAGGAAUGGGUCGAUUUACUUACUAAAAUUUGUCAGACCAAUACCAAUCGAUUAGAAAAAUACCAUCCAUGUGCAUUCAUCAAUGGACAGUGGUUAUGUUGCAAAUCACCAAACGAAUUAGCUCCCGGUUGCAAUGCUGUGACCAGGCUUGAAAACAACCUGCACAUGACCCUUGAUCCUGAGCGUGACCUGGAACGUCUUCAUUCAUUAAUAUUCUCCUAUUUGCCAAGAAUAGAGAAACUGAUCAGUAUGUUGUAUGAUCAGGCUGCUGCUGUCUACAGUAUGGGUCACGACAGCAUUGAGGAUGCUGAAGGGUGUUUCAACAACUUGAAGCAGCUACGAGAUUGCGCGUAUCAACUCGGACAAAAGCACCACUCGUACAAAAGGAUGCUCGAUCGUGAAACCAAAUAUGGCAGCAAGGCAGCGCCAAUAGGCGAUGACAAUUACCUGUUGGCUUCCAGGAUGAAUCUCGACUCGUCACUUCUACGUCGUUGUGUGACUUCGGAACCUCCCAUGUCCUUGUCGUGAAACUUGAAACACUCUGUACACGUUGUAAGAGCAAGCGAAGUAGCGGUUGUCGAAACUUAAGACUGUUAAGCGUUAAACUUUAAAGCAAUUAAAUGAAACACCAGUGAAACCAUAAGCUAAACUCUAUUUUUUGAUAAGCGAUGCGACAUCGAUUUUUUUAUUUUCUUAUUUUUUAACAGCAUAAUGUUAUUGUUGUCGUAAUAUUUGCAACACGUUUCCUGUUUUUUUUUCUUAUUAUAUAGGAAAAACGAUUUCUUAUUAAGCCGUAACUGUGUAUACUAUGUAUAUAUAAAUAGUGUAUUUAUUUUGUUUAGUUUUUGAUAUAAUGCUGCCAGGCUUUUUUGGCAAUUAAUUGGUUUUUGUUUCAUCCUCAAAGAUAAUUUGAUAAGUUUCAAUUUUAUAAUUUGGUUUCCCUAUAAAAAACAGUCACAGUUUUCAGUGAGGAAUCUUUAAUCAAUUUCAAAUUAAACUAUUGAAAAUUUUUGAUUGGUUCUUUUCAAAAUUAUUCUCAACGUGGCAAAUUAAAUGUGUUGGUAAAAAAACAGAUUUCAAAUGAAACGUUAUAACAAUUUGAAUAUUUACUCAGAAAUUUAAAUUGCAGUUUAUCUACCCUCCUGUAAGAAUCUUUCUAUCAAGAUUUAAAAUUUUAAAUAAUUAAUAACACUUUAAUUUUUCUUUUCAGUUAUUUAAGUUUUUGGAAUCGAUUAAAUCAUUGUUUCCCUUAUUUAUGAAAUUUAAAAAGUAGUGCCAAAUUCAAUAUUUUUUUUAAUACGGGUCUUCCCAAUUUGAGAAAAAGUUGAGGAUGAGAUAACAAUGUAAAUAAUGUUAUAAGCCUAUUACAUAUUAUUAUUAUUAUUGAAUGUUAACAAAAACUGAAUGAUACCAAAUUAUUUUUCUAAUGGAUCUACUACAUGUUGUGCUUUAAUAAGUAAAUAAAUAAUAAAAACAUAUUUUUAAACUUGUAUAUAGGAA